UCGAUUGAAGCCAUCACUACAUCACUAGCAAUAUGGCCGUGUUUUGCUUUUAGCAAUAUUUAGUGUUAAAAAUUGUUUACUAUUCUUAAAUAGGAUUCAGAGAUGGGUUGCGAUGGUGGUACGAUACCAAAAAGAGAUGAGUUAGUUCGCAAGAAGAAGAAACCUGAGCAAAAAGACAAGGACGCGGAGCUGUCGUUCAGGUGGCAGCACUGCGCCAUCUCGCAGGAGCCACUGCGCCAGCCCGUGGUGGCGUGCGGGCUAGGCCGACUCUACAACAAGGAUGCCGUCAUCGAGGCCAUCCUGGACCGCACGGUCGCCCCCGAGGCAGCGCGCCACAUCCGCAGCCUCAAGGUCAGCACCAGUGAACACCAUUGCAUUCAUGACGUGAGGGAUCUGAGGCUGACGCCCAACCCCGCCUACCAGGCCGGCCCGGAGAAGGGCGACGGCUACGUGGACCACCAGACGGCCCCCUACAUCUGCCCCGUCAUCGGCCUCGAGAUGAACGGCAAGUUCAAGUUCGUGUUCGCCUGGGGCUGCGGCUGUGUGGUGUCGGAGCGGGCGCUCAGGGCUGUGAAGACGGAGGCGUGCCACAACUGCCAGCAGGCGUUCACAGCGGAGGACGUGGUUGUGCUGAACGCCGCCGGCGAGGACCUCGGGCGGAUGGAGGCCAACGCAGAGGCGCGGCGCGAGCGGGCGCGCGCCCACAAGAAGGCCAGGCGGGCGGAGGGCAGCGCCAAGGAAGCAGCAGCGACGACGCCCGCCAGCGACGCCCCGCCCUCAUUGGCCGGCGCCUCCUCGUCCCGGCCCGGCGGGAAGCCCAGCGGCCCGGGGGGCCCGGGGGACGCCCCGGCCAAGCGGCCCGCCGACCAGGGCCUGGUGGACCCCCAGUUCAAGCGCACCAAGGGCUCGUACAGCGUGGCGGGCGACCCCCACGCCACGGCCGUGUUCAAGUCGCUGUUCACGUCGCACCAGUCGGCGCGCACCCAGACCCGCGCCCACUGGGUCACCUACAACCCCUUCUACAACUGACGACCCUGGGGCAAACCAACAAGCUCGGACAAUCACGUUGGAAACUUCACGAAAAUAUGGAAAAGUUAAAAGAGUACAAUAAUUUCAGAGAACGUUUUUCCUUUACCAAUGUAAUUUUGAUGCAUUUUCUCAAUUUUUUCCUCUAUUCUUUAUAUAAUUUCCAACGGUUUCGUCGGAGCAAUAUAAAUUUUGUGCCACAUCUAACGUCUUGCAAGUUUCGACAGUUUUAAGAGUGAUGUUUUGUGGCACUGUUAGUAAUGAUAAUCGCAAUGUAUAAAAAGCAUAGGUGCAACUAUAUGCAAUUUUUAUUCAUUUUUUUUUUUUUUUUUUUUUUUUGCAAAAUCAAAUUUAUUUUUACAAAACUAUAUAAAAGUGGGAAUUGUUGUUUAGUUACAGUAAGGUUACCUUCAGAAAACUAUAAAUAACAUGUCUACCAACAUCUUAGAUGUGCAACAUCUCAAACAGUUCGGAAUUACAAUAGAAAAAAAAAUCAAAUUCUCUAUGAUCAAAACCGUAAGUAAUAUUUCUGUAAUUAGCAUUUUCUGUGAAGACACAACAAACCUAGUGUAAAGUGCUUUAUAAGAGGGAAUAUUAUGUGUGAUUCAUAAUUUGUAACUCAUAAUUUAAAGAAAAUCUAUGACUUGGAGACAUUUGGAACCAAGAUGGUGAUGUCGGAUUCCUAUCCCAACCCUUUACUGCAUAAAGUAGUUUAUCCAUAGCUGGAAAAAUUUGUAUCAUGUAAACAGGAUUAAUUUCUACGAUUAAAUUGUAAAUGAGUAAGUUAUGUCAGUUUAUUAAAAAACUUUGAUAAAUUCUAUUGUGACACAAAUAGAUACAUAUGUAUAACUAAGGUAAUAUGAGUAAUGAUUGUUGGUUAUUUCAACAUGCUUAAAUUUCUAAUAUUACAUGAAAAUGUGAAGGAAUUAAAAGUAAUGGAUUUUUUAUUUUUGAUGAAGGAAGUAAAAUAAUGAUGUGCAACUAUUGUGACAGUCAGGUGGAGUGGCUGCAAGAAGCUUGCUCAGGGAGAGUCCUAUGAACGGAUUCGAAAACUUAUUCAACCCUGAAUCAGUUGAGUCUAAACAGUAUACGUGCAACUCACUCACUGACUCACUCUUCUGUACAAAUUCUAACCCACUUCCAGAUGAGCUAGAAACUCAAAACUUAGUUCAUACGUAGAUCCUGUUCUGUAACCGACAGGAAAAAUCAAGAAAAGUUUAAACUUUCAACUUUAAACCCCAUAAAAAAUUAAAAACUAUCAAAAAUCUACCAAGCCAAACCAUAAUGCUAUUGUUAUAGAAGAAUCAAUGCUAACACCAUUGUUUAGAGAUUAUGGAAAAUCAUCCAUAUGAUAAUAGCCACAAAUAACUGCUAUAAACACAUUUAUUGAUGUCAAAAUUUAAAAAUAGUAGUCAUUAGCAGUCUUUGCAAUGUCUUAUUUUAGUGAUUACAUGAGCAAUUUAAAAAUCAUUAAUUAAUCAGUUUUAUUUUUUUGUCAGUAGGACCUUAUAUCAUAUUAUGUCAAGUCCCAGAAAGUUUUCAUCUUAGUAGGAGCAUUUUGUACGUACUCAUCAUGUUAUUUAAUACUAAGGACAGAAACAAUGCUAGUUUACAAAAAAAAAAAAAAUAACACUCCAAAUGUGACACCAGACAAAAUGAGAUGGUACAUCAGUGAAUUUUAAAUUAGGUAAUACAGUUAACAUUUGUCUAUGUCUGGCAUCGUUGUAGUAAGCAUUCUACAGUUUGUUUUCUUUCAUGCUUUGCUGCCAAAGAAAUGUGCAUGCUGCUCAAGUUUCAAGGUUGCUGUUCAUGUUUCAAGAUCACUGAAAUCGUCCGCUGCAGCGUGGGGACUGCGUCUUUCUUCAGCUCCUGGAAGAAGAACAGAAUGAUUAGCACAAUUUAAGACUGUUGUUUUGAAAAAUAUUACGCACUUGUACACAAAGUUGUUAUAAAUUAAUUGUGUUCUGUGGGGACCUAAUGCUAACAAAGUACCUAUUGUCCAUAUUGAAGUUUUUGUCAUUUAUAGAGAAAGUUAUGUAAAGCAUGGGAAAGAAAGUAUUUUGUAACUCUAAUUUCAACGUAGGGGGUGUUAGGACAUGCUAAGGGUAAGGAAUGCGUCUGCCACGGGACAGGCCAAUGAUAGAAUACAGACACCCACCUACCAAACAAACCCAGUGGUUGAUGGGUGAGUCUUGCAGAAUGGCAUGGAUUGACGUGAAAUGGAGAAGAAAGUUUCAAUUUCUAAAAAUUCUGCUUUUGGCGGGAAUGAAAAACAGUGAGAACCCCCAAAACCACAUUUUUUAUAAAUAUUAUUUUCAUAAUGUAAUGGCAAUUGUGUAUGAUCUAGGCUUUUUGGAACAAAUACAAACUAACAAAUAACUGGCAUCUAAAAUGAAUUCUGUUAUUUUACUGUGUAGCAUUAUGUUUAUGAUAUUACAAGUUUUUUUUUUAAUCUAAAUAUAUGUAUACGUAAUUAUAUUUGCUAGAUUGUGUAAGUUAUCUUCUGUUGGAGUGCAUAGUGCAGGCACCAUGGCACAUGUAUCAGUGGGUGGAUGUGUUAGAUUAGGUGAGGGACAUUUCUAACCAGCAUUCAAAUAAUUUCAAAUGUAGUUUUAAUGUAACUAGCCUAAAUAAAUGUCUGUACUAUUCUAAA